AUGGCUCCAAACACAAAGAAGGUCAAACUCUCCAAGGAAGAAGAAAAUCAAUCUGCUGCUUUUGAAAAGAUUGCUCUCCUCCAAGAAGAAGUUUCAAAGCUCGAUGAAGAAUUAGAAGCUGAAACUGCUGUUCUCCAAGCUAAAUAUGAUAAGAUGAAGAAGCCAUUCUUCGAUCAAAGAAAGGAACACAUUUCUAAACUCACCGAAUUCUGGGCUAACGUUUUCGCUGCUCAUCCACUCCUCUCCAACUUUAUUGGUGAUAAGGAUAUGGAAGUCUUGAAGUACAUUUCUGAUGUUGAAGUUGAAUCUGAUGCCACCAAGGACAGCAAGGUUUUCAAGGUUAUCAUCAAGUUCAAGGCUAACCCAUUCUUCAAUAAUACUGAAUUGUGGAAGAACAUUUCCUCCAAGAAGACUGGUGCUGAUGUUUCUAUGGACGUCACCCAAUCUGGUAUUGACUGGAAGGCCGGAAAGAACUUUUUGGCCAAGCCAGCUGCUGAAGAAGGAAAGAAGAGAAAGAAGUCAGCUGUUGAAGAAGAUUUGGAAGACAGUGAAGGUUUCAUUGGCAUGUUUGCCCAAGAAACUGAAAAUGAUGAAGAUUUCCUCUCCAUCAUUGUUGAUGAAAUUUAUGAUAAUCCAUUGAGCGUCAUGUUGGGCGAAGGUGGAGAAGACUCCUUCAUUGAAGAUGAUGAACUCUAAAUUAUAUGAUGAUUAUAUUUUCACACUAGAUUCCUAAAAAAACAAUUUAAAUCUAAGAAUUUUAAAUUAUUUGAAUAAUUGUGAAAUAAAUUAAUUUCAUAAUUAUUUUUCAC